GGACCGCAUAUCAGAUAGAAUCUAGAUCUAGACACCUAUACCUAAACUAUAAACUAUAAACAAUCGAGUUCUAUAGUUCUAUAAGUUAGUCUACUAAUAAUCUUGAUCUCCAUGGUUUAGUAAUAGCAGACGAAGUUACUUACUCCACAAUUGAUACAAUUACAAUGGCCACGGAAAGAGAAGAGACUUCACUUUUAGAAUUCACAGACCAGCCUUGUAAGGGGGACAGAAGCUUUCUGUGGACCAUUAUGAAAACUGAAGAAGAAGAAAGCUUUGAUUUCACACUUCUUAGUGGACAGAGUGUCUGGGAGGGAUCAUUAUCAUUAAAGGACAUGAAGCAACAAAGUGAUGAAAUACGGAUGGAGUUAAGUCCCUUCAUAGAUACUGCCAAAGCUGCAUUUCUACAAGAUGGUGAAUCUUCAACUUUCCAGUGUACUUUAUCAAACAGCAAAAAAGAUUCUAUAUUGUUAACUUGGAAAAAGCAGUCAGAGGAUGUUAAAUUUAAAUUAGGGUCACUGAUGUUGAAGAAAUGUGAGAACUUAUCUUCCAAAAUCUGUGAUAUUUUGAGCGAUUGUGUAACCCGCCUAAAUUCUUUGCAUUCUAUGAAAUUGGAAAAUCAAAGAUUAACUUUAGAAAGACAAAAUGCAAUCAAGAAAUUAGAAAAAUGUGUUCAAGCAAAGGAGGAACUUGAAAAGAAUCUUUAUUCUAAGUUUGUUGCAGUUUUAAAUAGCAAAAGAGAGAAAAUCCGUGAAUUAGAAAAUAAUGACCAUGAAGAGCAAGAAAUUGUAGAAAAAGAUUUAGAGCCAGUAAAAAGAAAAAGUGACAGAGACUUACUCAGUAUUUCUACUAAAAAAGUUAAAUCCAAAAGGGAUGAAACACCUCCAGAUCUUGAUUCUUCACUAAACCUUGACAUUGACCAAACAGAAGAGAGAAAUAAUCCAAUUGUAAUCAGGAGCCGAGCAAUAACACAAACAAGAAAAGGAGCAUCAUCCAAACUUAUAUUACCAACAGUUUCCACUAACAGUUCAGUCAAUCUGCAAAGAAAGUCAAGCUUGAGGAAGAGUGGUUCCAAUAAAUCAUCUGACAAUUUGGAUCCAGAGGAUUUGUUAGAUAAUUUUUAGUUCUUUAAAAAACAAUUCCUUGAUUGGCUCAUCAUCCCUUGAUAUAUUGAUUUUUGCUCAACCUCUUCCCCUCCAUCACCUGGAAUUACUGAACUGAUUACAAUUGAAAACAAAAUAUAUUUAAUUUAAAAUUACUUAAUAAUCAAUUAAGUAUAGUGAAAUGUUUGAAGAAUCAAUGGGGUCCUGAAGUUUUUAUUAACAUUACUAAUUACUCAACGAAAUUUUCCUGUUGUAAAUAGUAGUUACCUCCCUGCAAAAAUCUUUGCAGGAGAUUUUCUGCUAUUCUCAGUCAAUAUUUUCCUGUUAUCUUUAGUUUUAAACACUAUUCUCAGUCAAUAUUUUCCUGUUAUCUUUAUGCU